CACUGUGCUCCGCUCAUUUCAGUUCGAGUGCUUGGAGACUUCACUUCGCGUUUGGAGGAUCAGAUCCACGUUGGUUUUUGGCUUCAAUUACCCACAACUGUCAUCGUCAGCUCAGCGACUAACUAAAUAAUAAAAUACAAUAAUCCUCGCGCUCCCCGUCCCUCUCUCUCGGUCGUGUUAGUGCGCCCCGUGAUUAAUAAGAAAAAGCACAAAGAAAACUGGCAGCGUUUUCCUCGCAGCUGAGAAAAACCGCAGGACGCAGCUCAGCAGCGUCGUCGUGUGCGUUGUGCCCAAGAAAAAUUCUGAAAAAAAUUAAUUGUCGCAAAGAAACCGUAAAGGGCCACAGUUAACGAAGGAAAAACAACUGCGUCGUGCACCAUUUUGUGAUAUAUUAUUUGCCCUCCUCUUUUCAACGAUCCCUGUGCAAUUCUCUGUAAAAAAAAUUAAAUUAAUACUAGUAAUCAAUUAAAUUUCUGCGAGACCAAUACAACAAAAAAUAAUUUCCAACAACUGUGAUCCGAACAAAGCUCUGAGUUUUGUUUCAAGCCUGUGUAAUUUCUUCCCAAAACGAAUUGGAAAACUCGUACUGCGAAUUAUUUGUGGUAGUCACGAAUUGAAACACAAGCACAGCCUAAUAAUUGGACGAACUGAUUAAACAACAGUUAAAACAAGCCCCGCAAAAAACAACGGCGGAUCAACAGUUGCGAGUCGCAAGUUGCUAGUUGCACGUUACCAAUUUGAAAUUGCACGCUUCCACGACUGAGAGCAGGAAGAAAAGGAGUCGCUGCCGCAGCAGGAAGCAGACGAAACUUCGCUGGGCGAAAGUAAAAGCAGCUAGGCAAAUCAAGCAAAUCAAACAAAGAAACCGCACACACACACAAAGGCGCUCUAGCCAGCCAUGGAACGUGAAUCCAACCCAAUGCAACCCAUGUGCCGCUCCGGUUGCGGCUUCUAUGGUAACCCAGCCACAGAUGGUCUCUGCUCCGUAUGCUAUAAGGACUCGCUUAGAAAAAAGCAACAGCCACCUGUGAGCAGCACACCUGUCUCCGUUCCAAGCCCACAACCUAGCCCCACAUUCAGUCCGGCCAUCGCAAUCACCAACACCGCACAGCCCACAGUCACCAGUUUACAACAGCCACACAACGAUGUCAAAGAGAAAAUCACCGAAGAAGCCGCCGCUGCUGCCAAAGUCAACAGCGAAGCCAUCACAUCGGCGACUGGUCCAAACACUUCCACACAAGCAGCCGCCUCCGCCAAUGAGGAGGAUGACAAGGACAAGGAAGACGACAAGGAUGCCAAAAAGAAGAAGAACCGAUGUGGCGAGUGCCGCAAGAAGGUUGGCCUAACCGGUUUCCAGUGUCGCUGCGGCGGUCUGUACUGCGCAGUGCAUCGUUAUUCUGAUAAACAUAACUGCACAUUCGAUUACAGAGAGCACGGCGCACAGGAAAUCCGACGCAACAAUCCCGUUGUCGUUGGCGAAAAGAUUCAAAAGAUUUGAAUUUCGAUAUUGUGCCAGUAACAGUAACAGUAGCCGUAGAAUGAUAAUAACCAACUACACAUAAUAAGAGUACAUAUAAUAUAUAUGCUGCGCUAUAACAACAAAAUCAACAACCAACAGAAAACAGCAGAAAGCAUAAACACACACUAUACACACAACACAAAAACACAGAUUAAUACUAUAAAAAUCGAUAUAAACUGUAAUUGUAAUGUAAUUAUAAUGUAAACAGCUAAACAAGCAACAAUAGUACAGAGAAACGAUAACCAAAUACCCCGCAAAAAAUGCAGCAACAACUGGAACAACAAUUUCGAUGCUCAACAACCAACGUUAAGCUAGCGACGUCCAGCAGCAACCUGCAGCGGCAACAAGCAACAUGAAACAUGCAAAAGCCAGCAGCUUUCAGCAGUUAAUACCUUUGUACAUCUUGAACCAGACGCGUGACAGCGUUAGCAAGUGCAACAACAAUCACCGCCGCGAUUAUGGAAACGAAACAACAACCGCAGCAACAUCAACAACAACCAGCACAACCGAUUGCCUUGGUCGCCUGCUGAGCUGGGCCGAAAAAAAACCAUUUUGAAGAAAACACCAUUCAUCGAUUAACGUUGAAAUAUUUUGUUAUUCCAAAUACAAUUUGCAAAUUGUUUGUAUUUAGCUAAAUCCACACCAACCAACACACGGCCACAUUUACAACGACAACAAGCACACAACAAACAACAAACCUUUGUUUCAUGUUACAUACAACGCAACAACCUUUUAGUAAGACGAUGUGUGUCAUUUGUUUAUGUAAAAUGUUGGAGUGUAUUAAAUAAAAAAAAUUAAGUAAAUUCAAAAUGCUAAAUAUGAAAACAAAAUUUAUGAGAAAUUUAACAAACCCAAAAUUCACAUACAAAAACCAACCAAGCAACCAACUCUUUCUCAAUUCUUAAUUAUCAGCUACUAAAUGAAAAAAAAACAAAUAUAUAUUAAUUAAUUAUGUAUAUGUAUUAAAAGAAAAAAAGCAAAGAAAAAAUAUGCAAAAUUAAGCGUAAAAAAACAAAGCCCUCACCACAAAAAAAAUGUAAAAAAAAACCUGAAGGAAAGAAACCAAGAAUAACGCAAUUGUGUAGAGCUCCAUUAAACUGUUUGCUAAAAAUUCACGACCACGCUAGACAUGAGAGAGAGAAUAGCUAGUGAGAGAGAGAGAGAGCGAGAAGGAGCAGCGCGAUUAGUGUAAAGCAA